AAUAUUGGUGUGUUUACUUAUUGUGAUCUGUGAUUUGUAUUUAUAUCGUUAUAUCUAUUUGCUAAUAUUGGAUAUGAAAAUACAGACAUUUUAUUCAAAAUUACCAUGUUUAGUUAUUCUGAUACCUUCAGCAAAGGCUAUUUAACAGGCACCAUAUAUUUUCUAGCCAAAUAGAACUUGUAUACUUCCCUGGCAAGCCAUCUUAACUAAGAAAAAAUCUGUGGUCCAAUGUUGGCCUUUGCUAGAGCAUAGAAGGCAUGGAGGCCAUAAGGCACCCAAGACAGGGUACCAUUAGUAGUUUGAAUUUGGCUGAGACUAUGUUAAGUUUUAAACCUAGUAAUAAUAGUUACUAGUGUUGUUGUUGUUUGUUGUUGGUGGUGGUGGUUUUUAAAGUUAGGGAAGAACAGGGAUAAAUAAGGGAUGCCUUGGCUAUAGUCUUCAGGGUACAAGAGACCCAUUCAUUGGUCAGGACAUUGAUUUGUAAUGUGAUGAAGCAUAACCCAGCUGGAAAUAAUAGCACUCUGCUGGUCAGUUACAUGGUUUUAGUAUAAUUAUGAAGUAUAGUAAUAAGCCACUAAUUGUCUGGUCAUCAAUUGAGAGGAUAACAAAGGUGAUAUUGAAGAAGGUUGGGUAACCAGCUCCGAACAUAUUUGAAGACUUGCUGUAUUAGUGGAAGGAGAAUAAUAGUGAACAGACACCCUGGGACAACAAAACUAUCCUUGGAAAACAGUGACUGGUCUUUUUAUCAAACAAAUCAAUUUAGUAUACACCCACAAGUUUGUUUUUCAAAUUUUGCUGACAGUACUAACUUGGGAAAAUAUUUAAAAUAUAGUGUACCGUUAAACAGAUUACGCACCCAGAUGGAUGUACAGCUCCUUCUUCCUCCUCCCAGUGUGAGGGGGAUGAAAGAAUUGAAUCGAGAAGCAUUCCAAAAGACGUUAACUGUUCCAGUAAUCAUUCUGGAUCCUGAACAUAUUAGACAUGUAUUGAAGAAAGUCAAAAAAUAUUUAUUAAAACUUAAUAACCUGAAGCCAGUGCAAAACAUAGAGGGCCAUCCAGAGAUGAAAAGGAUUCUCCUCAACCCUCUUCUUGCAACGGAUACCAAUGAAAUUCUGAACUCUUUCACAGCUGGUGAAGCAAGAGUUGAGAUGCAGGAAAUUGUCUUGAAUUAUGAUAACUGGAAAGCCGAAGACAUUUUGCGUGCAGUACUGCCAGAAAACCAAGAAGCUGGACAGAGCUACUCCAUAAUAGGUCACAUCCUUCACCUCAACUUACGAGAUUAUGUGCUCCCAUACAAGACUCUGAUUGGCGAAGUGUUGCUUGAGAAGAUUCAAAAUAUUUCUUUGGUUGUUAACAAGACAAACAAUAUUGAUUCAACAUACAGAAAUUUCCAAAUGGAAGUCUUAGCAGGCAGUGGUGAAACAGAAGUCACAGUAAAGGAAAAUGGAUGUUCAUUUACUUUGGAUUUUGCUAAAGUUUAUUGGAAUCCAAGAUUAUCCACAGAGCAUGAACGCAUCGUUAAAAGAUUGAAUUUUGGAGAUGUCCUUUAUGAUGUCAUGGCUGGAAUUGGCCCAUUUGCUAUUCCAGUGGGGAGAAAAAAGUGCUCUGUGUUAGCAAAUGACCUUAACCCACAUUCUUAUAGAUAUUUAGAGAAAAACUGUGCAAGCAAUAAGGUAACUGACAGGGUUAAAUGCUUUAAUCUAGAUGGAAAUGAAUUUAUUAAAACUGUAGUAAAAGAAGACUUGUUGAAGAGGUGGAGCGAUCCACAGUUUUGUGGAACCAUACAUAUUACCAUGAAUCUCCCAGCACUUGCUGUUGAAUUUCUUCCUUCCUUUAUUGGGCUCUUUCAGGAUGUAGAGGACCUACCUUCAGAAGUAAAAUUGCCACUUGUUCAUGUAUACAUGUUUACACCUGAUACAGAGGACAGUACUGCAAUUGCAAAGGUAGCAGAACAAUUUGGUCUUCAAGCUGAUCAGAGAAAACCAGCAUCAGAGGAUAACCAAGAAGAAUUGCCAAAAAGCUUUGGGAAUAACUUUGAUAGCUUUCAACAAAACAUAAAGGAAGUGUUUCAUGUACGACAAGUUGCACCAAACAAAGCAAUGAUGAGAGUGAGUUUCAGCUUAAGCAAAGAAAUACUUCUAGGAAGUGCUGUAGAUGAAAAUGAACCUGCUUGCAAAAAAAUGAAGGUGGAGAAAAGUUAAUAUCAGUACGUGUAAAUCUUGUGUAUGUAUGAUUGGCAAAAGAGCUUAGGCUUUGUUUAUUAAAAAGGAAAUUUUA